AUGAUGAGUCCAUAUUUAAAUAUCGCUACCUAUCCAUAUGCUUUUGAAGGUGAAAGCUUUUCUGGAAUAAAUAUGACUCUUUGUACUUUUAUUUCAGAAUUUGUUCGUUUGCACAUUGAUUUCAUAGCCAGAUCUCCUCCAGAAUCAAAUCAAACAGCAGCAUUACAAGGCGCAUGGACGAAACGAUUUACCACGGGAAUCUGGGUCAGGUUUCGCCCUGAACACAGACAUCUCCCAAGUGAUUAUGGUGGAACUUCAGUCAGUGCAUCAAUUUGUAACUCGAAAAAAACAUUUAUGAUGUAUUUAAAUGAGAAUCGAGAAGUCGAGAGCAAUUGUCAAAGUAAUAGGAACCUUACAAGUUACUCAAAUGAAGAAAAUAUCGAAAAUACGAAUAAAAGGUGUGUUAAACGUGGCAAAAUUUAUGAAGUUGCUGGUCGUUUAACGAAAUCACAGCCAUUAACUUUUAUCAUCAAAAAAAUUUUACGUGCAAAGGCAAUAAUUAUUGAAACUCUAGGCUUGAUCAAUAAUGGAUAA